ACAGUCUGUGUAUCUGAGUGGACGGACACAGAUUGUAACAAACAGUAAUUGAAUCCCCGCUCUUUUAUUCGGACUUUUGUUCAUUAUUAAAUCAACCAUGGAACUACAAAUGGACACCAAGUCAGGUUGGGGUUUGACCGGGGUGAGCAAAAGUUCACAUUUAUUGUAAUUGAACCAUGGAAACUAAAAGGAAGCGGGCAGCUGAUGAACCGUGGUAACCCAGCAGAUAACGGAAGAAUGGACGUUUUGAAAAUUGGACUAAACCGGGACUAAAACCACAUGCCCGGGUCUACCCGAGAUAUAUGUCACCCUCCUCCCCGUUCCAGAUGCCUCCUCGGGGCGAUGGGGGCUACAAGCCAGCGCCGGUGUCCCCUGCGCCGCCUGUCCCGCCUAGGAGGGUCCGAAGCCGGGACAGGGGCUCCGGCAGGACGCGGCGGUCCGGGACAGGGGCCGGAGCUGGAGCAGCGGAGAGGCGGGUGAAAUGUGUGCUGGUGGGAGACGGAGCUGUGGGGAAAACCAGCCUGGUGGUCAGCUACACCACCAACGGGUACCCCACUGAGUACGUUCCCACCGCGUUUGACAACUUCUCAGCGGUGGUAUCAGUGGAUGGCCAGCCAGUGAAACUACAACUUUGUGACACAGCUGGACAGGAUGAGUUUGACAAGCUGCGUCCUCUGUGCUACACCAGUGCAGACGUGUUCCUGCUUUGUUUCAGUGUUGUCAGUCCAGCAUCCUUCCAGAACGUUCCUGAGAAGUGGAUCCCAGAGAUCAGAGGACAUGCCCCGUUUGCUCCGCUCGUCCUUGUUGGGACUCAGUGUGACCUUCGAGAGGACGUCAAGGUUCUCAUCGACCUGGCUAAGUACCGGGAACGUCCUGUGGACCCAGCAGAGGCUAAAGACUGUGCGCUGGAGAUUGGAGCUGUGGCCUACAUGGAAUGCUCUUCCCUGACCCAGAAGAAUUUGAAAGAAGUGUUUGACACGGCCAUACUGGCCAGUCUGCAGAACUGCAGCUCCCAUAAGCACCCAAGAGGAAAACAGAAAAGACGGAAAAAGAAAAGGCAGACGGCGGACAAGAUGAAGAGUCUGUCAAAGCCAUGGUGGAAGAGGUACUGCUGUGUGGCCUAGGGCAGACCUUUCAGGUUACUUUGUCCUGCUCUGGAUUGAGAUGGAUUCUGGUUCUGUCUGAACUCACGCUCAGUUGGUGUUUUGGUCUUGUGGAGCCUCAUGAACCAUUGGACUGCUGCUUAGAACUAAAGCAAGACUGUCACAGAUUUUAAAUAUUUUUAUUUUUCUAAUCGUGAGGGCUUCUUGUCUUAUCAUGGAUAAGAUGAACUUCUCAGACAAGCCUGCUUCUAGCAUGCCCUGAAAACAUUGCAGUGAUGCAGAUGUUAUCCAGGUUUGAAAGACCCCCUCUUUGAAGGAGGCAGAACUUUCCAUAAACUGGCAGGAGACCCUUUAAAUGUCACGUAGACCGUCCAGAUUUAAACAAGAACAGAAGUAUAGAUUUUCUCUCCUCUGCCUGACACACAAAUGGAAUAAUGUUUAGUCUGGUGAUCUGGUGACACCCUGUUCCAACCUCGUAUGGAUUUAUGUGGUCUAUUAUGUAACUCGGAGGGGGCCUGACUCUCUGCAGACUGUGCGUGACCUGUAUGAGUCCAACUUGUUUUAAACGUUGGUCGGAUUUCUAACACUCAAGAUAAGAAAGAACUGGAAGCUGAAACAGAGUGUCUUUCAGACCAAACUUUGUCCUCAUACCAAGAAAAACUUUUGUUGGAUUUUCUGAGUCGUAGGCGAUCACAAAAUAUGAUUUCAGCGAAUUAGUCAACAAAUCCUGCUCAUUUUUGAUUUUAGAACCUUUAUAACUUCAAUGAUUGUUUUUCUAACCAAAUAACGGACCGUAUUAUUCAGCCAAUAAUUGCAUCACGUUCAUAUCCAGGUUGAAUAAGUGACAGUGAAUAAGUUUGAUAAGGCUGAGACUUCAGGGUAAGUGGACAUAAGCAGCAUGAUGUAGCCCAUUGGUUUAUGGAAUAAGACAGCUAAAGAAAGACAAGAGAGAGUGGGAGAUGACAUGUAGCAAAGGGCCAAAGUUAGAUUACAACUCAUGGCCGCUGUGAAGAGGAUAUAAGCCCGGAUAUAAGACGUUACAGCAAGGCUAUAAAAUGCCCCCAAAAUCCUUUUUUGUACUACAUGUUUUGCUACAUGUUGCUGACAUUUUAAGAUGGGGUUUUUAUGGGACUUCUGGGUCUUUUGGAGCCAGACUCAAGUGGACACUCAAAGAACUGCAGUUUUUUUUGCACUUCCGCAUUGGCUUCACUUUUCAACACCAGAGGUUUCCACCUAUUAGCAAGAUGCUAUCUGUAACCGAAGUCAACAUGUUACACAUUUUGAAUCCAAUUUCUGCUUGAAAAGAAACAGGCUUUAAACAAAUUGUUCAUAUCAGAAAAAUAAACUUUUUUUUUAAAACUGAAUGCUCAAUAAGACAUUUUAUUCAGGUCGCCAUUAUAGCCAGUUCUUAAUAUAGGUAGUCCUGCCCAAGAGAAUAGCCAACUUUACUCUUGAGUUUACUCAGAAUAGGGCCAUAAUUUACACAAUGAACAUCAAGCUGAAUUGAAGAAAAUAAGAAACUAGUGUUGAGACCGUCAACUCAAUAGGAAAAAAUCACGUUAGCAAUAAAUCCAAUGAGACAUCUAUAGAGGAUUUUUCAUUUUCAUUUUUAAUUUUUAAUUUUGUAACCAGGGAAGUCACCCUCCUCAUUUGAAUGAAUUAGCUUUUUCUUCACUUUUCAAAUUUGGAGGAAAUGUCAAAUUAUAUUUUUUAUACAGCAUUCUGUAAAAAAAGAAAAAGAAAAAAGAAGCCUUGUAAACGACACCUCUAAAGUGAUAAACUAAGAAUACCGAAACACAGAUAUCAGUACUACAAAAGAGUCGGAACAAUUAAACACACAAAGACCAUCUGAGAUUGCAGAUGAUAAAACCUCAAACAUUGUUCUGCCAUAAGCAACGUAAUUAACUGUAUGUUAAUGCCAGUUUCAUCCUCCUCAUUUAUCAUUCUUUACAACACAGGAUUUAUUGCACAGCAUUUCCAUGCAAUGUUAUUGAAGGACUUUCUGGUUAGCGUCAUAUAAAUAUUUAGUGAAAUGAA